AUGGAUUUUACGGGUUCAAUUCCAGAGGAACAGUGUCUCGUUUCUUGUUGCUCGAAACUAAUGGUUGCAUGUGCUGCGGCCCGAGUAAGAGAAAGUGUUCUAGCGUUUGGUAGACGAUUUCGACAGGGUACCUCUUCUAGUGAUCAUGAGAUGUGGGAGUUACCAUAUCAUCUGAUGACAACAGCUCGUCAUCUAUUUGGAGCUCUACUUGGAGCUGGUCGACAAAGCCCGAAGUUGAACUCGGUUCUCUCAAAGGGAAAUGUUUCAGCGUUGGGAACAACUCUUGCGCAGAACGACAUUCUUUUGUUUGUGGAUUUAAUAUCGGACAAUGCAAGCGACGACCGCUCGCCAUUUGCCGAUAGCCUAAGUGAGGAUAUACAAUUGCCGUUAAUUCAAUCGAGCACGUUGGUGAAUUCUAGUGGUAGUGGAAGAAAAAAUAUUAAAGCGAGGACUAGAACAGAGCGGCCACGUUUAGCAAAGAAGUUGCAGAUUUUUUCUAAAACUCUUCCUGGCCAGCAAAGACGUCAAGAUUACGUCAAUAACAUUGAAGACAGUCUUGUUUCUCACCCUCUUGGUUUCUAUCCUCACUUACAAGAAGCAGUAUUAUCAGAUCUAUUUGAUGAGGUGAUGGACAUUUUAGAUCCAGAAGUGAUAGCAUCGGAAGCGAGUAGUGAAAUCGAUGAAAAAGAAGACAGUGUGGCUGAUGAACUGCUUAUUGAGUCGCCAGUACUACUAGUGCCCUCACUGCAUCAACUAACAACAUCAUCUGACAAGUACAAAACCAUGUUGUCAAACGGCCAAGCUACAGAUGGAGACCCCAAUCAACAGUUAAUCUUGACACAACUGAUGGAAGAAGAAGGUUUUACUGAAACGUUGCUCAUUAUAUAUCUUUACCAUCAACUAUUGUUCUCUUCGCGCUGUGGUAUCUCUCGAUCUCCUUCACAUUAGACAGACAGACAGACAGACACAGACAGACAGACAGAAUUUAGUUGCUUUGCUUAGAUGGUGUAUAAUAGCUCAAUGUUUGAAAAUAUAUGUAAUGACAGACAGACAGACAGACAGACAGACAGACAGACAGACAGACAGACAGAUGAGAUUCUCGUCAGCACUGCCACCAAUCAGUACCUUGCCCUGACUACGAAUCAGAAAUCUUUUGUAAUAAUAUUAUUAAGAGGUGGAGUUACAUUUACCAACUUGCCCACAAAGAUCCUCAAGUACUACCCCCUUGUACCUCCUAGUAUAGAAUCUGUGUGUGUAUUUUAGGACACCGCUGUUGGUUCUCUUCAUGGAGCUCAAGCAUCUAGAGAGUUUAUAUUCACAACAAGAAUAGACGAAUGCUAAGGGUACUGUACACAUUCUUUAUAAUCAUUCUUUGUUGUAUGACUGACCAGUGAUUAUAUGCUCAUAGAUGUUAUCAUCAAUUACUACAGAAGACAAAACAUCAGUAUGAAUUAUAGAAGUAGAGUUUAUACAUGCUUAACUAAUUAAUUUAUUAUUUAUUGACAAUCCUAAUGCAAAGAAUAUGUCAAUAUCUCAAAAUGUGUC